GUCAGCGUUUACUCAUGCUCGAUGAAACCGAUUGACCAUUGAACAAGAAUAGAAUUUUGGCUGGAUCUCUGUGGUCCGUUCGAGAGACUGUGCCGUACGCAGAAAACCAUGUGAUAUUUAAGAGCUCUCAGACUCGCACUGCAAUGCCAGUCUCUUCUGCAUCAAGCUUUACACUUGCAACUUGUAACAGAGUUGUCCUUUUCGUCUCUUCCCUUUUUCUUUUUCAUUUUUGAAAUUUUCCUUGCCUUGCAUUCAUUCCUGUCGCCCUGUCUGCGCAUACGUUCUCUUCUGCUGGCAGAUCUCAUCCAAUCUUUCUCUUAGGCCUUCCAGCACAUCAGUCUCUUCAGAUAUCGUCCAGCUCUGCCUACUUGUCAGACCACAGUCUUUCUUGUCCAUCAUGCCUGUCCCAUCUUACGGAGCCGCUCCUCUGAGCAAGACUUUCCUGGCCACCCGUGCUCUCCAGGUCGUGGCUAUGAUCGGCAUAGUUGGCAUGACGGCCAACUUUGUCAACAACAUCGUCACGACAGGAAAGGAGGCGCCCAAGGAGAUUGUGGGCACACUCAGCAUCACAUGUCUCGCCACUCUUUACUGUGCUAUUAGCGUUGCAUUCUUCUGGUCCGAGGCCAACCUCGGCCUGCUCGUCAUGACCGGCGUCGACUCUCUCCUUCUCAUUGCAUUCAUCGUCUGCGCCGUCACCGUCGGCAAGCCGCUCUCCUACCUCAACUGCUACGUCAUUGGCAAUGCCUCCGCCGAGGUCGAUGCGCAGUCCGCCUGGGCCUUUGCCAUGGCCAUCACGUCCAAUCUCAACACAAUGGGCAGCAAGCUUGACCUCUCGUCCUGGGUUGGGGCCACGAAGGCGAACUGCCUCGAAUCCAAGGCUAUCUGGGGUCUUUGUAUCGCGCUCUGUAUCUUGUUUACUACUUCUUCCGUCUUGCUGCCUACCUGCUGGUACAAGAACCGUAAGGCGGGCGCUGGGUUCAACAAGUACGAGGAUGCUUGAGUGAGAGAGACAGGGGGUUCCUAGAACCAGCAUAUAGAAAACCACCGAGGGGCAGUAUCCCCGUCAACACACACACACACGGAGUCUCCAUCUUCUUUUCAUACGUCAUAAAAGCAAACAAAAAAUGGGUGUAUUUGGGUUUUCUGUUGGACAUGGAUGUUUUGGUCUGCGGAGUUCUUGGGAAAUUUAGCGACGGCUGUAAUUAUAGAGAGAUGUACUAUCUCAUGCUUCGGAAGGGGGCGUAACUUUGGUAGAUAGCGCGUAAUCACGAGUCGUGCUUCGUUACACACGUUUCAUGAUCAAAGUGUCGUCGG